CCUUGAUAACGAUAAGGACUGAUUAGAAUUUUGUUCAAAACAUGUUCAAUAAUUAUAAAUAUAUUAUUUGAUCACCUUUAAAGUUAAAACGUUUGCUUUUCAAAGGUUUAAGGUUUUUCACAUCCGUGAUCAAUUUCAUCAAAUAGUGAUGCGCUGGAGCUUAAGCUUAUUUAAUAUUUAUUAUCAGUAGCAAUAUCCAUAGACUGACUUUGUGCCGGUAAUGAACGUGAACCGACAUUGAUUCAUAAAAAAUAUCGUGUUAUACCAACACAAUUCUUCAAAAUGUUCGAAAAUGAUUAAUGAGUAACUGAAAUUUGUCUGUUACAAUUUUAGCUAGAUUCGAUCUCCGAGUAUCUGUGUAUUCCUAGAUUCACAGUAACGUUGAUUUUAUUUCAUUAGUUUCGUCAUUAUAGAUCACUACCUAUUUUAUCUGAGAAUGAUCGUCGUUCGUCGUGUCCCAAUUUAUUUUGCCUCAAGAGUUACCCAAAAUCAGUAAAAUCAUGUGUAAUUCAGUUUUUACUAUUGAACGAUAGAUCAUUGAAAUUGCAAUAAAAAACUAUAUGUCGAGAAACCGAGAUAUUUAGUGCCUUAUUUGACUCUGAACCGAAGUAAAUUCAAAUUGGAAUCAUUUACGUUGGGUUGUUCAUAGACAUCGAAUGAACAAAUCUUUGAGAAAGAAAAGCAACUAGGAAAAAGCGAAACGAUUUCGUCAAUCCAGUCAUUACCGAAGUGUUACAAUAUUCAACUGUAAGAAUGUUUUCAAUCUGCAAAGGUCACACACAUCUGUCGAAGCAGUUAUAUUAUUUCCACGAAGGUACCGCCAUAAAAAUAUUUCCCAAUCUUCGAGGUCGUAACUAUUCAGAAAAAUCAUACCACAUGCCAAUAACAGGAACAGCUGUGCUUUCUAGCGUACAAGAUCAUGUUGAUUCUCCAAAGUUCGUUCAUUAUAACCGUAAUUUUAAUGUGAAACAGACAUUCCUUAGCUUAUCAAAUAACGCAAAUUUUUCCAAGGAAUUACGUUACAUGCACACAGAAAGUAACGUAGAGAGAAUCGUCUCAUUCGAAAGACAUUCUGAUUUCUCCAAGCAGUUGAAUUCGAUCAUAAAAAACGAAAACUCGACUGUGGAAAUUGGUAAUCUGGUGGAAGAAUGGCUCUUACGUUUUGAUUCUUUGGGCGGAAUCGAAGCUAGUGCAGUUUCCGGCGCGUUCAACAGCUUAUUAAGAUCCAGUAUUUUUAGUACCAAAUGGAACUCCGGAUAUCAAGAAAAUUUCAAAAAGUUAAUUGUUAAAUUAGCUGAGAAAGGAGACCGGUUAUUAGAUCCAAAUAAACGAGUUUCUUCUAAAUUUAGCUCUUUUCACAUUGCUAAUAGUUUGUACUCGUUAUCCAAAUGGGAUGUGUUGAAUAGCAACGUAUGGCAAGGCUGUGUUCAAAUUGGUAACCGGAAAGUAGCCAAGGUUGAUGUAUUCAGAUCUGUAAUCAGUGGUUUAAUACGUCGAGGAACUUGGAUACUGGAGAAUGAAACAGUGGAUCAAUUUGAUGCUCGGAGUAUCAGUAAUUGUCUAGGUGCUCUAUCGAAAUGGAACAUUAACGAGUUCGAAGGAUCGAGGAAAUUCAUCAGUCUUUUAGUAAAACGAGGCGUCAAAGUCAUUGAUCAGUUCAAUCCUGUAGCCGUUUCAAAGAGCUUGAGUGCUUUGUCGUGGUGGAAUAUAAGCGAUUUCGAAGGUGCCGGAGAAUUUAUCGCACUGCUGUUUGAACAGAAAAAUUCAAUCGGUGAUAGAUUCGAUCCUCUGAGUAUCACCAAAACCUUGAACGCGAUGUCCAAAUGGCACGGCGACGAAUUGCAAGGAGCCAAGGAGUUCAUAAUCUACCUAAUGAAACAAGGAACUUUGGUGGCGAAUAAAUUCAAUUCCGCGGACAUCUCGAACAGUUUUAACGCACUGUCCAAAUGGAACGUCGACGAGAUGCAAGAAGCUAGAGGUUUUAUUGUGUCGUUAAUCAAAAAUGGAAACUCUAUCAUCGAUACAUUCACUUGCAAAGAUAUCGUUAACAGUUUAAAUGCGUUUUGCAAAUGGAAUAUUGAUGAAUUACACGGUUCCAAAGAGUUCAUCGUUCGGUUAAUAAAAAGAGGAAGCUCAACAACCACUGGUUUCAAUGCUCAAGGGAUCGCCAAUAGUUUGAACGCGUUGUCCAAAUGGAAUAUUCACGAGUUUGAUGGAAGUAAACAUUUCAUCGUACAAUUGGUCAGAUGUGGAAUUCUAACAGCUGAUACAUUCGACUCGUUGAAUAUUUCUAGCUCCUUGAAUGCGCUUUCGAAAUGGGAUAUAGACGAAUUUGACAAAACCAGAGAAUUUAUUACUCGAUUGAUUAAACGAGGUCGUUCGCUAAUCAAUAGAUUCAAUUCGCAGUGUGUUGCCAACAGCUUGAAUGCUCUAUGUAAAUGGGACUUAGACGAAUUUGAAGAAGCCAAAGAGUUCAUAAUGGAAGUACUGAAGCGAGGAAACUCCUUAAUUGACACAUUCAAUGCUCAAGAGACUGCAAAUAUCUUAAACGCUCUAUCCAAGUGGAGAAUCGACGAGUUCGAAGGAACUAGAGAAUUCAUUGUUCGUUUAAUUAAACGCGAGAAUUCAAAGAUUCCCAGAUUCGAUUCCCAAGAAGUUAGUAAUUGCUUAAAUGCUUUUUCCAAGUGGAACGUCCAUGAAUUAGAAGGAGCUACGGAAUUCAUUGCGGAACUGAUCAAACAAGGAAAUUCAAUUUCUGGUGAAUUCAGUUCGCAAGCGGUCGUUAAUAGCUUGAAUGCCCUAUCCAGAUGGUGGAAUAUUGUUGGAAUACCACCAUCACGAGAUUUUAUCGUCAAUUCUGUAACUCGUGGAAGCGCUAUCGUUGAUAAAUUUAGUCCUAUAGAAAUUUCUAGCGGUUUUAACUCUGUAUGUAAAUUGAACAUUUUUGAUGGCAAGAAAUGGAACGUGAAUCAGUCGAAAAACUUCAAACGUUUCAUUAUCAAACUUGCAGAAAAAGGUACCAAAAUAUGCAGUGAGUUCACUUCUCGAGGCAUCACCGACAUAUUUGAUGCUUUCUCAGAACUGAAAUAUGCGAGUAAAGAAAAAUGGACACCAGAUGAAUGGAACUGUUUGAAGAAUUUCCUCGUCAGUCUUUCUAGUCUAAAUGCUCCGUGUAAAAAUUACACUCUGCAGGAGAUUUCAACUAUAUAUAAAACAAUAUCUGAUUGGAAUGUUCUUCAAAAUAAUGAAUUCGACUCGAAUCAGGUUGAUAAGUUUAAAGAUCUCAUCAAUAAUCUGGAAAACCGCCUUCUCGCGCUUGGAAAUGAACAGAAUUAUGUGAAACCUGAAAUUAACAUCAUGUAUGCCGUUAAAAUUAUCGAAGAUUUCACCGAGCUCAAGUCUAAAAAUCUUAUUCUGUCUGAAAAUCAGUUACUGGUUUCGUUGAUGUGUUGUUUAAGUAGUAAUGUGGAGAAAUGCGGAGCUUCUAGUUUGAAGGAUGAUUGGAUUCAAAGAAGCAUUGUGACUGGGUUGCACGGUCUUCUGAAAAUUGCCGGUGAAUUGGAAGAUAGAUGCGGUUUGGAAGGAGCAUUUGAUGAUAGUUUGUCUAAAAUAUACAAUAAGAUGGUUGGAAUUGAUCUGGAUCAUAUCGAUGAAAUAGAAGAUGUAGCUUAUGAAUUUGAGAAAUUACAAAUAAUUCGAGAUAUGCAGUUUUUGUCUCGUUAAAUGAUCGUUUUUAUGCUGUGAUAAUUUAGGUUUAGAAAUUUCUUUUCUAGAAUGUGUUAUUUUUUUGAAAUGUACAAAAAUUAAUAGGAUUUUUUCUGCUGUGUUCGAAUUAUUUUUAAUUA